AUGUCUGAAGUAGGAUCAUCUCCAAUGAAGAAGAAGGCUACGUAUGCGGGAUCCGUGAAGCGUAAGCGACGCGAAUCAGUCAAGGGGGACAACCAAGAUAUCGGUUCGGACGGUGAAACCACAGGAAACGCAGACGCGGUCGCAAUGCCUCCACCACCAAGUCCAGUGUCUGUGAGAAAGGUCAAAGGACAGCAGAGCGCAGACGCGUCUCCGGCGACACCCACUUCAACUUCAAAGAAACCCGCGAGUCGCGCGAACAAACGUCUCUCAGUCGCGUCGCUCUCUGACCUCAAGGGCUCUCCCCGUACACCCGGUUCUAAGGCACCAUUAUCCCGGUUCGCCACACCUGAUGGGAGCGAACGCCAGCAGGACGACGCGGAUGAGACCGGGUCGAUAGCCGGCUCCGUUGCAGACUCAGUCACCGGCAAGGGCUCGAGGAAGACUGAAGAAGAGCGUAUCGAAUUUAUUCGCACUCAUCGCGAGUGCAGGGAGGUUGAACCACACCGCGCUUUCUGUACCACCUGCGACGACUGGGUUCCCUUGAAUGCCUCUCGGCGUUACUCUAUGCAGCCAUGGAUAGUGCAUAUCAAGGCCUGUCGUUCAGGCAAACUCCGGGGUUCCCAAGCACCCAACACGCCUAAGUCACCUGAGGGUGCGACAAAGGCGCAUAGUGAUGACGACGACCAGGGCUCCGUCGUCCCGUCAUCCGCAGGCGCAGACGGGCGUCGCCGACCCCGACGCACCGAAGAAGAAAGAGAGCGCAUAUUAAAGGAUGAUCCGCGUUCAGGGGAGGUCCGGCCGUACGAAGUGGAGUGCAGGACGUGCAAGAAGUGGAUCCAGCUUGGAGACAAGAUACGGUACAAAGUAGAAUCAUGGAAUAAACACCAACAGAGCUGCGCCGGUCAGAUCCCCAGCAGCCGAAUCGCGACCGCCGACCGCAAGAUGAAGCUCGUGAACGACGCGUCGGCCAAGAAGUUCGGGAAAACUAGUGUUGUAUGCAAGCAUUGUCAGGCGACUGUGACCCUAGAGGGUGAAGGGGCCUACAAUCUGGCUAGCUGGGAAAAGCACAAGGAGACUUGUCCUAAUCCCUCCGCUGCGCCCUCGGUACAGGCCGAGAUUGUGACUGAUUCUGCACGCGAUACGGCAGACGACGCUGGCCAAUCGAUUGCGCCAACACAAGGUUCUGGGAAAUCUACCGAUCGUUCACCGCCAUCCAUCGCUUCAACGGAGGCCACAGCCGUCGAUCAAGCAACUUCACCUGUUUCAGGAAUUAGCCGGGGGGUAAAGCGUCCUCGCGAGGAGGAAGAUGGCCCAGCCGACCCAGAUGCACGUCCAGCAACGCGUCCACGCUUGAGCGGCUUCAACUGGCUGCUUGCGCCUCUGAAAGCCUUCGUCGACGGCUUCAAGGAAGGCGUCACAGAUGAGACCGAAGGUCCGUCAGCCCCGUGA